ACAUCACCUGUUGGAUCAUUUUGACUUCCCAGUUCGUCUGCGUGCCUCGUCUAUGGCAAAGCAGUUGACUACUGCAAAAAAUAACUGUUUUUAGGUGAACACUGGACGUUCAUCCAGUGUUCUGGACGUUUAUCGUUAGGUCAUUCGCUGCGUAGAACAAAUUGAAGAUGUGUUCGCUGACAAGUUCACUGCCUGGUUGAUCAAGUGUAGUCGAACAUACUAGCUUGAUGUUUUGCCGCCGGUCUUUCAUUUUCACAACGUCAUGUACCCAAGACAACAGAUUGUUAUCACACAUUUUUGUUGAUUUGAACCGCGCGUUAGCUAGCAUUACUGAACUGAAUUCAAGAGGUUAUCCCAUCGCUCGCGUAGACAGAGUUGCGGACAUCAUAUUGUGAUAUGUCAACCAAAAACGUAUCGAGGUCAGAAAAGGAUGUGCGAAACGGGGCAUCAAAACAUUUUUUGGAAAGAUGUGCUUCAACAAAUGAGUAUUUUGAUAUCGCUUUCAAGGUCAUGCUGUUGGGAGACUCCGCUGUGGGGAAGACGUGCUUCCUGGUGCAGUUUAAAGAUGGGGCCUUUCUCGCCGGCAGUUUCAUUGCCACCGUGGGAAUAGACUUUAGGAACAAGGUUGUGACAGUUGAUAAUGUGAAGGUAAAACUGCAGAUAUGGGACACAGCAGGACAGGAGAGGUUCCGCAGUGUAACCCAUGCAUAUUACAGGGAUGCCCAAGCGCUGCUCCUUCUGUAUGACAUCACCAGCAAGUCCUCUUUUGACAACAUCAGGGCCUGGCUUACAGAAAUUCAUGAGUAUGCACAGAAGGAUGUGGUCAUCAUGUUGCUAGGCAACAAGUCAGAUAUGGCCAAUGAAAGGGUCAUCAAACGGGAGGAAGGAGAGAAGCUGGCCAGGGAAUAUGGCGUGCCAUUCAUGGAAACUAGUGCCAAGACCGGAGUCAACGUGGAGCUGGCCUUCCUGGCUGUAGCAAAAGAACUGAAGCACCGGGCUGUACACCAGCCCAAUGAGCCAAAGUUCCAAAUCCACGACUACAUAGAGUCCCAGAAGGAGAAGUCCAGCUGCUGCAGCUUCCUUUAACACCCUGCGACCAUCCUUCACCCCUGGGCCAAUGAAGGGAAGAGAGAGGGAUGGACAGAACAGGAGGCCUCUGCCACAAGAGACACAUCGAAAAGAGCAGGCAUCUCAGAGGAGUGGAAGGACAGGGCACUCUCUCUCUUCUCCUCAGUCUGGCCUCUUGUUUUUCUGAUACCAUACAGUAGGGUGCCUGACUCACUUGACACUCCCCGGAGAGUGUGCAGAAACAGGAGGUAUGCCAUCAUUUCUCCUGCUCUAGAGCUGGCUUUAGCUGGAGAUGAUUAGGAUCGAGUGUCAGGUGGGAUGGGCACCAUGGUCCAUCAACAGCUAACUAAGAUCACAAAUGGAAUAAUUUUGGUCAUUUAUUAAAAAACCUACUUGCCAGAACUGCUGUAGUAUUUUUAUUUGUAUUUAACAAGAAUACCAUGUCCUAAUUUGUUUAUAUUUUCUGUUCAGUGAAGACAGCAAGCCCGCACAGUCUUUUUCAGUUUGUUAUGGUGUCAAAAUAGCAUACAGUAUACUCCUCAGUGAGCAGCUGCCAGAUGUCUUCAAGUGUUUCUAAGGUUUAUUUCAUGUUCGGUCAAUUCCAGACACUCAGAAGAGCGGGUUAGUGGUAUAACCAAUGUCACAUGCUUUGUCAUGGAGUUUGGAGGUUACUAUAUUAUGAUUUAUAUUUUCAUCAUUGCAAGCAACCAAAGCUAUGGGUGAAAUUUCACUGAGCAUUUAUCUUUUUUAGUAUCUUUGUUAUGUUUUGUUUUGGAUUUGGUUCUCAGUGAGACUCCAACCUACGGUAUUCCAUCUGUAAGUAUUGCCUUUGAGCAAGUGUCCUGAGUGUCUCCCAAGACAGGGCGCUCUGUGGAGUGCAAUCCACUUGCUUAAAACAAGCUCAGUAAAAAUUACAAAUCUGUCCAUUUAAAAGGAUCAGCCAUGAUAUUCAGAUGGUGGACCUCACAUGAGAUGCCAGCAAAUGCCAAGCACAGACAGGAGCACACAAUAAUUACUGAUAAAAACUCAUGCAGCUCAUGAUGUGACAAAGCCUAAAUAUAACAAAACGAUGGCAUAAGUUAUUAUGACCGUAUAUAUGUGUACAGUAAAUGCAUAUGUUACCUAUAUUUUUGAAGCACCCUCAAAUUUGCACUUUUUGUGAUUAAUGCUUGUUUCAG